GUUGAUCUUUAAAAUGAAUGAAAGAAUCUUCGAUUUUGAAUACGUCAGAGAUAAGUAUUUCAAUUUAUCCACGUGGUAAAUUCGAUUUAUAAAUUAUUAAAAACUAAAUUAUUAAUAUAAUGUCGAUCUCUAAUAUAGAUGCUUUUAAUAGACGAGCAACUGAAGCGGAACAACAAAUAGAAAUUUUAAAAAAGGAAAUUGAACAUUUACGUGAAAGUAUAACAAAUGAGAAUAUUGAAAAAUGUGAUAUCUCGAAAGAAGAUUACGCGAAUUUGCAACAAGAAAAUCUUAAAUUAAAAUAUAGAAUUAACAUACUUAAAAGGGCUGUUGAAUCAAGAAAAUCUAAAUCAGAAACUGAAGUAAUGUCUGGUACAACUGACACAUCUGUUAAUAAAGUUAUCAGUAUAUCUGAAACAUUAUUUAAUUUAUUUCAAGAUGCUAUUGCUGCCGCUUAUCCUAAUUUAGUAGAUCCACCAAUAAAUGUUGGUGUAGUGAACAAUGCUAAAUUUGGUGACUAUGAAUUUAGUAGUUCUAUGCAGAUUUUUAAAUUAUUAAAUAAUUUUGGUGAUAUUAAAACAAAUCCAAGAGCCGUUGCUAGUAAUAUUUUAGCUAAAGUAGAAACAUCUCCGCUUAUUGAAAAAUUAGAAAUUGCUGGUCCAGGUUAUAUAAAUGUAUUUUUAAAACGUGAAUUUGGACAACAAGUAUUAAAGGCAUUUCUAAAAGCAGGAACAGUAUUUCCUCCUUAUGUGGAUAAGAAAAGAAUACUAGUAGAUUUUUCAAGUCCUAAUAUUGCUAAAGAAAUGCACGUUGGUCAUUUGAGAUCUACAAUUAUCGGUGACAGUAUUUCUAGAUUAUUAGAAUAUCUUGGUCAUGAUGUUCUAAGAAUAAAUCACGUUGGUGAUUGGGGAACACAGUUUGGUAUGUUGAUAGCUCAUUUACAGGACACAUUUCCGAAUUAUUUAACUGUAUCUCCACCAAUUGCGGACCUUCAGAAUUUUUACAAAGAAUCAAAAGCAAGAUUUGAUUCGGAUGAAGAAUUUAAAAAACGUGCGUACAAUUGUGUUGUUAAACUGCAGUCCUAUGAUCCGGCAAUAAUUAAAGCUUGGCAAUUAAUUUGUGAUGUAUCUAGAAAAGAAUUUGCAAAUUUGUAUGAACGACUUGAUAUUAAGAUCGUAGAAAGAGGAGAAUCAUUUUAUCAAAAGAUAAUGGAAGAAUUAGUUAAAGAAUUGGAAGCAGAAAAUUUCUUAGAGGAAGACGAGGGUCGUAAAAUAUUAUGGGGAGAAGAUCGUACCGGUAUACCUUUUACAAUUAUAAAAUCAGAUGGUGGUUUCACUUAUGAUACGUCAGACAUGGCUUGUAUCAAACAACGCAUUCACGAGGAAAAAGUUGAUUGGAUAAUAUACGUAACAGAUGCAGGCCAAUCUGUACAUUUUCAAACAUUAUUUAAAUGUGCGAAAAGAGUAGGUAUCCUUCCAUCAAAUGUUAGAGUGGAUCAUGUUGGAUUUGGUGUAGUUCUUGGAGAGGACAAAAAGAAAUUUAAAACACGAUCCGGAGAUACCAUUAAAUUAUCAGAAUUAUUAGAUGAAGGUGUAACCAGAUCGUUACAAAAACUUAAAGAAAAGGGACGUGACAAGGAACUUACAGAAGAUGAACUUAAAGCAGCUCAAGAAUCAAUUGCUUAUAGUUGUAUUAAAUAUGCUGACUUAUCUCAUAAUAGAAAUCACGAAUAUGUAUUUUCAUUUGACAAAAUGUUAGACGAUAAGGGAAAUACUGCAGUAUAUUUACUUUAUGCGUUAACUAGAAUUCGUUCAAUUGCUAGAAAUGCUAAUAUUACUCGAGAACAGUUAAAGAAAGCUGCGGAAGAGGUUCCGAUAUCCUUAGAACAUGAAAAGGAAUGGAAACUAGCUAAAGUUUUGUUAAAGUUUCCCGAUGUAUUAAUUAAAAUAACUAAAGACUUACAUUUGCAUCAACUUUGCGAAUAUUGCUAUGAAAUUUCAUGCGCUUUCAGCGAAUUUUAUGAUAAUUGUUACUGUCUUGAAAAGAAUCAAGCUGGUGAAAUAAUUAAAGUUAAUAUGGGACGUUUAUUAUUAGCAGAAGUUACCGCUCUUAUAAUGGAACAAUGCUUUUCUAUACUUGGUAUUAAACCGCUUGAACGUAUGUAAUAAAUAUAAUAAUAUUUAAAAAUAUUAAAAUAUAAAUAAAAAC